CUCCUCAGAAGCGCCGUCGCCGAGGAAGAGGAAGAAGAGGAGGCCGGGAUGGCGGCGAGGCUCAGCGAGGGGGCCAUCGCGGCCAUGAUGCAAGGAGAGAAUGUUAAUAAUCCUGUCUUGCAGCUCAUUACCAUCCGAGCUAUCUCCACUGGAACCGGCCCACAGCGUUACCGGAUGCUGAUGAGUGAUGGCGUGCACACCCUUUCCUCUUUCAUGCUGGCAACACAGCUGAACGACCUGGUUAAUGACCAGGGCUUGAGUGCGAAUGCCAUCUGCAAGAUUAACAGGUUCAUCGUUAACGUCCUGAAGGAUGGAAGGAAGGUGGUUAUUGUGAUGGAUUUAGAAGUCCUCCAGACGGCUGACGUGGCGGUGAAGAUAGGCAAUCCAGUGCAGUACACUGAAAGCACUUCGCAAGCAGGGCAGCAGCAGAGCUCUGAGAGCCUGGCAACCAACCAAGCCCCUAGCAGGCCAGCACAUCUGAACGAGAGCACAACCGCAGCAGCAGCAGCAGCAGGGUCUGUGUCGAAAUUCAGCACCCCUUCAAAGGUGCCUGGGAAGGCAGGCAGCUCCAGCUUCCUGAGCACCCCUGGGGGCUCCCAGAUGAAAGUGGUGCCCAUUGCCAGCCUGAACCCGUACCAGUCCAGGUGGACAAUUUGCGCCCGGGUGACUCAGAAGGGCCAGGUCCGUGCAUGGAGCAACUCACGCGGGGAAGGGAAGCUUUUCUCCAUCGAAUUGGUUGACGAAAGUGGUGAGAUCAGAGCAACGGCCUUCAAUGAACAAGUGGACAAGUUUUUCCCUCUCAUUGAGUUGAACAAGGUCUAUUACUUCUCAAAGGGCCACCUGAAGACGGCCAACAAGCAGUACACGACCGUGAAGAACGACUACGAGAUCACGUUCUCGAAUGAGACGUCCGUCAUCCCCUGCGAUGAAGCGCAGCACCUCCCCUCCGUCAAGUUUGACUUCAUGCCCAUUGGUGACCUGGAGAGCGCAGACAGAGACGCCCUUGUGGAUGUAAUUGGGAUCUGCAAGAGCUGCGAGGACGUCACGAAAAUCACCAUAAAGUCUACCAAUCGAGAGGUGUUCAAGAGAGUUGUGCACUUGAUGGACAUGACUGGGAAAGGGGUGAAUGUCACUCUGUGGGGAAACGACGCAGAGAACUUUGACGGCGCUAAACAUCCUGUGGUGGCCAUCAAGGGAGUCAAAGUCUCGGAUUUUGGUGGCCGGACUCUCUCUGUUGUUUCAUCGAGCAGCAUCCUCAUCAACCCUGACAUCCCAGAGUCCUUCAAGCUGCGUGGAUGGUUUGACUCUGAAGGGCAGCUCCUGGAGUCCACCUCCAUCUCAGGCACAAUGAGUGGGCCUAUGGGAGGUGGAGACACCAACUGGAAGACUCUGCAUGAGGCCAAAUCUGAGAACCUGGGGCAAGGAGAUAAGGCAGACUACUUCAGCUGCUUGGCCACAGUGGUGUUCCUGCGCAAGGAGAACUGCAUGUACCAGGCCUGCCCAUCCCCGGACUGCAACAAGAAGCUGGUCGACAUGCAGAACGGGGCCUACCGCUGCGAGAAAUGUGACCGGGAGUACAACAACUUCAAGUACCGCAUGAUCCUCUCGAUCAACAUUGCUGAUUUCCAGGACAAUUUGUGGUUGACUUGUUUCCAGGAAUCGGCAGAGACCAUCCUAGGGCAGAAUACAGUCUUCCUGGGACAACUGAAGGAAAAGAAUGAGAACGCGUUUGAUGAUGUGCUCCAGAAAGCCAACUUCACCACCCAUGUAUUCCGGGUCAGAGUCAAGCAAGAGACUUUCAACGACGAAUCACGCCUGAAGGCGACAGCGUUGGACGUCAAGCCUGUCAACCACCAGGAGUACUGCAGGAGGCUGAUCGGGACCAUCAGGAAGAAUGCUGCCCAGCUGGGAUGCUGACGAGGGCAAAGAGCAGCCUGGCACUGGUGUCCCCCCCCCCCCAAUCAGAGCUAGGGUCCUCUCUGUAGAAUAACUAGAGACAAAUGUUUGAAUUGGUUUCUCCACACUUGCACAGACCCAAGUUCCAGAAUGUUUUGCAUCCCCUUCUUUGCCUCUGUUGACUUCUGUGUCGUGUGCCUUACCUGAGUGCCAUUGUUGACCGGAGUGGGGGGUGGAGAAGACCUGCUGGCAUGAAGGGAGUAUCUUCAAGCUGAGCUGGGAAAGGGGAGACCCCAGGCUGCGAUAGACCCCCUUACCCCCCCACAAACUUGGGAAAUGCUCAAAGACCUGGGUGGGAGGGGUCAGGACUUAUGUGAGGGGGGCUGGUGUUGUGUGGAAUGGGUCCCUUGGCUCAAAAGAGGCUCCCUUCCCCCCCCCCUUAUGUUCAAAGGCUUCAUUCCUUCCACAGGUGCCAGGCGACUGUUAAUGCUUGGAAUGGCAAUAUGGCAGAAUUAUUAAUCAAAGACGUAUCUCUUAUAUCUGAAGAAUAUCCUUCCUUCAGGGUUUAAUAGACUGAGUCAGAUGGGCCCGAUAUUAAUCAAAAUUGUCUCUUCUGAGAGAGGCUGAUAAGCGUUGACUCUUCAUCCCCCUG